AAAGUGCACUGCAAAACUCUCAACUCAGUCUUUGUGAUGUUGUAAUGCUGUAAAAGCGCGGUUGUGGGUCAUCCAUGCACACUCAAACAUAACCAUCACCUUCCAUACAACUCAAUAAAAUUAUUAUACCACCAUUUUAAAACCCUCUUCUGGAAUGAUUCAAUUCCAGUAAUCUCUGUUUGGUUCUCGGUGUGAUUCGUUGUGUCUUCUUGAAAUGAUUUUGACAAAAAAUGUAGCCAACGCCGUGGGUGGCAAGACGGCUAGAGCUUGUGACAGUUGUAUAAAGAAAAGAGCUCGUUGGUACUGUGCUGCUGAUGAUGCUUUUCUUUGCCAAGCUUGUGAUGGUUCAGUCCACUCGGCUAACCCACUUGCUCGAAGACAUGAAAGAGUUCGCUUGAAGACUGCUUCUGGCCUCAUCAAGAAUCAAUCUUGUACCCCCACUUGGCACCAUGGCUUCACGAAAAAAGCUCGAACUCCUCGAUCCGGCAACAAGGGUAGAAAGGAUGAUAAUCACAACCCAAUCCCUCUGGUGCCGGAGCUUGGCACCGAUGAGAUUUCACAUGAAGAGAACGAAGAGGAGCAUCUUCUUUAUAGGGUUCCCAUUUUCGAUCCGUACGUUGCUGAGCCGUCAAAUGAAUCUGUAAUGGGUGUUGAAGUGGGAGAUGUGUCAAAAGUUGUGGUAUCUGGAUCUGGGUAUGGAGAAGGGGAGAGUGUCUUACAUGGGUUUCUUCCAUCUGAUAUGGAUCUUGCAGAGUUUGCAGCUGAUGUUGAGAGCUUGUUGGGGAGGGGAUUGGAGAAUGGAAGUUUUGGAAUGGAAGAGUUAGGGUUAAUGGACUGCAGAGAAGACAAGGAAACUAACAAGGAAUGGUCAUUAGGGGUUAAUGAUAAAUCUUUAGUGAAGACUGAAGAAGAAAAUGAGGGUACUAAUUUUGAAGGUGCUAUAAGAGAAUGCCAUAUGGGUAAUGAGCCUUUUGAGUUGAGCUUCGAUUAUGAUUCUCCUACCACCUGUGGAGAUGAAGAAGAAGAGAAAGCGGUUAAGGGAGUGGUGGAUAAGGAGGAUAGAAGUUCUGCUUCUUGUCGUGAAGAAGCUGAUGGCUCAAAGAAUAAAAAGAAAAAGAAGAAGAAAAAUAAAGUAUUUUUGAGAUUGGAUUACGAGUCGGUGAUCACUGCAUGGGCAAGCCAGAAUUCUUCAUGGACAACCGGUGAACGGCCGGAUUUUGACCCUGACGAAUCCUGGCCUGAGUUUAUGGGAAUUAAGGGAGCAGAAGUUCAUCAGCCAUACGGUGAAAUGAUGGGAAUGCUAGGACACCAUGGAAUGGGUGAUGGAGGGAGAGAAGCAAGAGUAUCAAGAUACAGAGAGAAGAGAAGAACAAGAUUGUUUUCGAAGAAAAUAAGGUACGAGGUUCGGAAAUUGAAUGCAGAGAAGAGGCCUAGAAUGAAGGGGAGAUUUGUCAAGAGAACAGCUUUUGCGGGACCUGGUUUUCCUAAUCUGUUCAAGUAAUUAAUUAAUUAACGAGCUGUUUUAAUUAAUAAUAAGCUAAUAAUACUUAAUUGUAAUCUCCACCCAACUGGGUCCUUUAUGUGAAUUAGCAUGCAUUAAGGCUGCUGGUUUUUUUGACUUAUUAAUAUACGAAACUGCUUAUAUGAAUAAAACCAUUAAGCUGGUAAGCUCAUGCUUAUAUGUACCAUCUUCCAGUAACAUAUCUAUCUCCUUUCUUCUUCCUUUGUUGGUCUUUAUAUAGUAGCGCUCAAUGAUCAGGUUUGGCCAGUAGUCAGCUUAAGUCAAAUGUAUCAUUAGCUACUUGUUCUUCAAGAUUCUGGCAUUCUGCA